ACGGGAUAGUCUUCGGCCGUUUAAUAUCAAUCCACGCCAUAAAGUGCACGGUUUGUGCGAUGAAUGAAGUGCUUUCAUCCAAACUUCAGAAACAGAUUCAGUUUUACUUUAGUGAUGCUAAUCUGCGUCAUGAUCGUUUCUUGAGAAAUGAAAUCAGUGAAUCAGAAGGGGGUUAUGUCAGUGUUGAAACAAUAGCACAAUUCAAUGUUGUGAAGUCACUUGCGAAAGACCUGAGUGUUGUUCAGAAUGCCAUUCAACAGUGUCCAGAUUUGGAGCUCAGUGGUGAUGGUUUAAAAGUAAGAAGGAUAUCUGGUUUGCCAGAGCAAAGAAAUGUUGAUGAACAAACAAUAUUUGUGGACAACCUUCCACCACAUGCAGAUCAUGCUAUGGUCAAGGAACUAUUUGAAACGUUUGGAAAAGUAGAUUACAUCAGUCUUCCUCGUUAUUUGCUUAGUGGUAAACCAAAGGGUUUUGCAUUCGUGGAAUUUUCAUCGAAUGAAUUUGCAGCAAAUGCUGUGAAGGCUUUUGAGAAAGGUGGUGAUAUGGCACUGCAUCGAGAGCCUGUCUACUCAAAUCAACAGAAGUUGGAUGAACAAAUUGAUUGUGAUGGUCGUGCAAACAAACGCCGACGAAAAAGGAAAAGAUUAGCAAGAAGAAACACUGAAGACAGUGAUGACAACGAGUCAUCAGCCAAAAGAGUGGCUCUGGACAGCUGUAAUCUUGAAAAGCUGAACCCUGAGACUUCAACUGACCAAUCUUGCAUGGCUACAAAGCUUCCAACUGUAAAUAUAAACUGUAAAGGUGAUUCUGUACAGCAAAGGAUAGACAAGGAAAUGGAAGGACGGUUGAGAGUUGAUAUCAGCAGUUUUAGAGUUAUUUCAAAGAUGGAAUGGUUGACGUUAAAGCAACUUUACAAGAAACUGCAACGCAAAGGAAUGGGUCAAAUGAAACAGCAAUUACGAGACCGUCAUCCUACAAAAAGUGAACAAUCUGCUUCUACCCUUGACAUUGGCAAAGGAACGAUUAUCAGAAUAGAAGGUGACAUGGAAGAGUUUAAACCUAAGACACUUAAGGAUUUGUUUGCUUCAGUUAGCCCAGUAGCUUAUGUGGAUAUUCUGCCUGGAGCAAAGAAGGGGUAUGUUAGGUUUUGUUCACAGCAGGGAGUAAACCGAGCAAUGAUUCAAUGGCAAGAAAAGAAUGUACCAUCUCCAAUCCAAGACUUAUUGUUUUCAACUGUGAAAGGACAAGAGGAAGAAAGCUACAUAGAGAAAGCCAUUCAUCAGCGCGAAGAGCGUUUUUCUUGCCAGUCUAGAGAGAGAAGGAAGCGAGGCAAAGAUAAACAGUGGCUAUCCAAAGCUGAGAGGGUGAUAGGAAGUGGUGAGUCAGAACGUGUGCAUACACGAUUUGAUGAUGACAGUACCGACGACGAUUGCAAUGUGACAACGUCAGACGAUGUUGAGAAAACAAGUGGUACCAAAGAAGAGAACGCCACUGUUGAGGGCUGUAGAAAUAGGCGGAAACAUGGGCGAAAGCAAAAGAAAUCAGUAGGAGCAACAGUUGAAAGAUCAGAGAGUAUAUAAUGUUGAUAUGAUGAAACUUGUAAUGUACGUUGAAUUCAACUGGCAGGUGUUGUUGUUCAUUACUAUUGAGUUUAUGUGCUAUAAUGAUGUAAAUUGAACAGUUUUGUAUCCAGCAAUGGGGUAUACUGGUAGUUUGAAUUUCUAUCAUUUUGUUGAGGAAAACAAAGCCUAGUUAUA